UACAAAACUUCUCUAUCCUCUCACUAAGUGAAACAACCCAAAAGCUUUCUUCUCUUCUCCUCCCACUCUUGAAGAAAAUUCAGAAGAGGGUUAAGUUAAAGAGAUGUUUGUUGAGAAAAUGGAUGAGUUUGUUAACCUCAAGGCAACGGAGCUGAGGCUGGGAUUACCAGGAACAGACAAUGUAUGUGAACAAAGAGUUUCUUGCAAUAGUAAUAGCAAUAAGAGAGCAUUACAACCUGAUGCUGAGAAUGAGAUUGAAUCAUCAACGAUGAAAACCCCUCCAAGAAAGGCUCAGAUUGUUGGAUGGCCACCAGUUAGAUCAUACAGGAAGAACAGCAUUCAGACAAAGAAGAAUGAAUCUGAUGGUGAGAGUCAAGGAAUCUAUGUGAAAGUGAGUAUGGAUGGUGCACCAUACUUGAGGAAAAUAGAUUUGAGUUGUUACAAAGGAUACUCAGACUUGCUCAAAGCUUUGGAGCUGAUGUUCAAGUUCUCUGUGGGAGAGUACUCUGAGAGAGAUGGAUAUAGAGGCUCAGACUUUGUGCCUACUUAUGAAGACAAAGAUGGUGAUUGGAUGCUUAUUGGAGAUGUUCCAUGGGAGAUGUUUGAAUCUAAUUGCAAGAGAUUAAGGAUCAUGAAAGGUUCAGAAGCCAGGUGUUUAGGCUCUGGUGUAUGAGACAAAGCUUAAGGAAACCUAACAGAGACACAAGAAGAGCUUCAAAGGUUGUCAGGGUUUUCAUCAGAUUGAAUUUAAGUCAUAGCCAAUUUUUUUUACCUCAACGGUAAAUAUCAAAUGUAGAUAAUGGUCUUCAGCAUGUGGAAACUGAAACCUAAUCAAUUUUUGUUACAGAUACAAGGCAAAAGGUUGUCCUUGGUCUGUUGUUAUGUAUUAAUUACAUUUUAAAAAAAAAGUUGUUAUUGGAUUGAAGAGUUCA